UUUCUAGCUGGUGCCGACAAGGACAGCAUCUGAGAGACUGAGACAAACUUAAAUCUAAGGGGUUUUCAUUACUAAAUCUAAAGAGUUCUAAAUUACUCAAUUGGGUUGGGACAAUCGAUUCGAUCUAAAGUCUAGUAAAUUAAGCUUUUCCUAAUCCUAAUACAGAAAACAGAUCUAUCCGUCUAUCCAUCUGUCCAUAUUCAACUCCACUGAAUUUCUUCCUCUUUAUCUCCUGGGCUGCCUUCGUCACACUCUGGUUUAAGUUGUUCCGAUCUGCAAGGCCGUUUUCGUCAUCUGGGUCUGUUGUGAUCGUUGUAUUUAAUCAUGAGGAAGAGGGAGAGAGAGAACCCAUGCGGGGUUUGUGGGCAUUAUCACAAGUACGAAGAAGGGGAAGUUUGUGGGGUUUGUGGCCAUCGGAUUCCCGCUUCAUCUGAAAAAUUGGGCAUUCAAACAAGUGCUUUUCCAUCGGAGGUCUUGCCUGAGUUUCUUUACUUGGGCAGCUACGAUAACGCGUCUCGAGCCGAGCUUCUCAAGACUCAGGGGAUCUCUCGCAUUCUCAAUACUGUACCUGCUUGCCAAAAUCUCUACAAGAAUUCUUUCACAUAUUACUGCCUCCAAGAUGAGAAAAGUCUACCCUUUGAUGAUGCAAUCCAAUUUUUAGAGCAAUGUGAAAAAGACAAGGCCCGUGUUCUUGUGCACUGCAUGUCAGGGAAAAAUAGGUCACCUGCUAUUGUAAUAGCAUACUUGAUGAAAUGUAAAGGAUGGAGACUUGCUCAAAGCUAUCAGUGGGUGAAAGAUCGAAGGCCAUCUGUUGAUUUAACAUCAGCUGUACACCAGCAGUUGCAGGAAUAUGAGCAGAAAAUAUUUGGAGCAAUUGAGAAUGCCCCAACCCUGCCAGUUUUCCCUCUGUGCUAUUCAUCACAACUGGCUUUCAACUUCCCAAAGACUAUUGACCCUGUUCCUGUGCCUACUUUCAACAUGACUACUACAACAUUCAUUUUUGACCGUCCAGCCUUGAAUAUUCCUCCUCAUGAGUUCACAUUUGGAGCUGGUCUGAAUGAAAAGAAAAUGCUUGAUAUAGGCAGCAGCCUUCCGAAUGGGAAUGAUACCACAAUGGAUGGCUCCUAAUUUUGUACCUUUUUGGCAGUAUCAUCCUUUAUAAAGAAGAAGAGCCCCAAUCAACGAGCUUGCAUAAUAAAAUUUGGGUACGAGAAAUGGAGGGAAAAAAGGUUACCCCUGUUUGUGUGUCAGAUUUGAAUAUUAAAAGUUUAAAUCCUCCCCCACAUUAUGCCAUGUUUUGGGUGUCAAGUGUUGUGGAAGUGCAACAUCUCAGUCACUGAUUGUCUUUUUUCUCUGUACGAGAUGAUUAUACUGGAAGGGGCUUUUGUUUAGCUAUUAAUUAUAGUAUGUGCCAAGUACAAAAACAAAUAUAAUGAAGCUGGUAUUUUUGUAUUGUAAAUAUACAGAUUGAGACAGGCUCAUACUUAAUAUAUAAUCUUAGUAGGAUGCUUAAUACAA